AAAACAUUUAACAAAAAUUCAAUGAUAAGGUGUUCUAUAAAAACCCGAUGACACAUUCUCCUGAGCGCAGUAAUUGGUAUUUGGAGUAUAAUUCAAGAUGUUUAAAAUAAUAAUUACAAUUUGUUUGCUUUCUUUGGUCUUUGCCGAACGUCCCGAUUGGUAUCCGGAAAAUCCCCAAGAAAUUGAAGCGGAAUGUAUGAAAAAGUAUAACGUUGAUGCCGAAACGAUUGCCAAAAUUCGCGCCUUCCAACUUGAGGAUACACCCACAGUUCGGUCCGUGUUGUUUUGCAGUGCUGUUGGUAAAAAUGUCUAUCGGCCCGAAAAAGGUUUUGAACCAGAACGUUUUGCUGUUGGUCUAAAGUAUGGGCUGAAUGUUGAUUGUAAUGUCGAUUUCAUUCGUAACUGUGCCAACAAGUACAACAAUAUUGAGUCUCAGGAGGGAAAAUAUUUCCAUUUCUUUAAAUGUGUUUUUGAUGAUAUCAAGGAAAAUUGUAAGAAAAUUGAAUGAAAUUUUGGAAAUUGUUAACUUUUUAUUUUUGAAAGCAAUAAAAAUAAUGAAAUAAAUUUAAAAAUUCAAAUAAAAAAAAAUUGGAAAUUGUCAAAUUUUUUAGAGCCAAAAAAAUAUUCAAAUAAAUAUUAAAACAUAUAAAAUAUAAACAUCAUCAAACCCAAAGCUUUGAUACCGAAUUUAUUCAGGUAUGUUUGGCCCUGGAGACUUCUAUAUAAUUCGUGAAAGAAAUAGUCUGGAUUUUUAUCACCUUCUUUGACUCAUCGAAUAAAUUUGCUGAUAACAAGUUAGCUGUGGUUGUUCCAAAUAAUAAUGCCUCAGACACACCUAGUCUGCAGUUUAAUGUGAAAAAGCACAGAUUUCUGCCAGCCAUGUUUAAAAUUCUCAGCAUCGCCUUGCUUAGUGUGACAGCGAUAUUUGUUCAAGAUUUACAGUGGUAUCCAACGAAUUCCAAUGAAAUCGAGGCAAAAUGUCGUGAACAAUAUCCCCUCGCUGAUGAAAUGAUUGCCAAUGAAAACGGUCAUUUGAAGGUGAAACAUAAUCCCACAUUUCGCUCAUACCUAUUCUGCACUGCCAUGGGUAAAAAUCUUUACAGCCCAGAGGUGGGGUUUAUCGCCGAACGUCUGGCUUAUGAAAUACAAAAUACCUAUAAAUAUAAUUGUCCUCUGAACCUGAUUCAAGAUUGCAUUGAUAAUAGCUAUGAAGAUUCAUAUUCGGAGGACAUUAUAUAUUUUAAUAUAAUGAAAUGUAUAUUGGAAAAUGCCUUUGAAGAGUGUGAGAGUGUUUGAAGAAGAAA